AUGGAGGUCGGGCUAGCUGGGUUGCUGAGAACAGCUUGGAUUGCGUCAAUUCUACCUAUACUCUUGGCCUCGGUACCCUGUCUUUCUUCAAGGCUGAGCUCGUUUUAUAACGGUCUUAUGGUGUUUGCCGGGCGAGGGAAGAUCAUGCAAUGUUCAUCUCAGAAAUUUUCAGUUCCUCAGAAGUUUUUCAGUCAUUUCUAUGCGGGGCCGGUUGCAUGGACAACUCUACUUCUAGUUACGACUUGGAUGUAUGCAUAUAAUAUGGCGCAGUUGACUGGCCACUCUACUCAAAGUUCACAUAUCAUUAGCGUUUGGCGUUCUGUGUUUCUGCUUCUAUUGAUGGAAGUUCAAGUCUUGAGGCGCCUUUUCGAGACACUAUACGUAUUCAACUAUUGCUCCACUGCUAGGUUGCACAUUGUCAGAUAUCUGAUUGGCUAUUUUUUCUGCUACACACUUGCCCCUAUACUCUGCUACAACCACGCUCAGGAGGUCUACAAAUUUUCUGUAACUGGAAUCGCAAAAUUCCUUUUCCAAGGCAAUACUAGUGUGCAAGCAUAUGAUUUGUCGGAAUUUGUAAUUCCUUUCUUGAAGCUUGGGUGGCUCCAAUGGACUGGUGCAGCUAUAUUCUCUUGGGGAUGGAUCCACCAGCGCAAUUGUCAUAAAAUUCUUGGCUCAUUACGAAAAAACAAGGAACAAAAGAACGUGUAUGUGAUUCCAUAUGGUGAUUGGUUUGAACUUAUUGUUUCAUCUCCACACUAUCUUUCUGAGAUAGUUAUGUAUGUUGGUUUUGUGGUCGCUAGUGGAGGAUCAGACCUCACAGUCUGGUUACUACUGGGAUUCGUGGUGUCGAACUUGACAUUUGCAGCAGCAGAAACACAUAGGUGGUACCUUCAGAAAUUCAAAAAUUACCGCAAUAAUCGGUGUUCGAUUCUUCCAUUAUGUGCUGAUAACUUGAACAAAUAA